UCAUUCCACAAGUGUCGCUUCGCUCUCUCCGGCGCACUUGGCGAGCCGGCGAGGUGAGAGGGAUUCUGCGAGCGGCCGCCGCGCGGCGAGUCCGGAGCGGGCGGCUGCGGGGAGGCGCGGACAGACCGACGCUCCCGCUUCUCGGCCCGCGCCUCCCCCUGUGGCCGCCGGACCUGCACCCCGCGCUUGCCCCCGCUCGUCCUCCCCCCGCCCGGCCCCGCGCGCUCCUCCUCGGCCGGCCCCCUCGGCGCGCGGCGCGCUGGAGGCGAACGCGGGCUGAGCCGAGCGCAGUGGCCGCCGACCACCGAGCGCCCCGCGCCGCUCCCUGCAUGUGCGGCCCGCGGCGGCUCGCAGCCCCCGGCAGCAGCCUCGGCAGCUUCGGCCGCGCCUCCAGAGGCGGCUGCAGCGGCUCCAGCGGCGGCCGAGCGGCCGAGCCCGGGCUGGGAGACACGAUGCGCCGCGUCCUCCGGCUGCUCCUCGGCUGCUUCCUCACCGAGCUGUGCGCCCGCGUGUGCCGGGCGCAGGAGCGAGCGGGGCACGGGCAGCUGGCGCAACUGGGCGGCGUGCUGGUGCUGACAGGGGGCAACCGCUCCGGGGCCGCCUCGGGAGAGGCCGGCGAGGGCGCGGGGGUCUCGGACGCGCCCCCGACCCGGGCGCCCACGCCGGACUUCUGCCGCGGCUACUUCGAUGUCAUGGGCCAGUGGGACCCGCCGUUCAACUGCAGCUCGGGCGACUUCAUCUUCUGCUGCGGGACUUGUGGCUUCCGGUUCUGCUGCACGUUUAAGAAGCGGCGGCUGAACCAGAGCACCUGCACCAACUACGACACGCCGCUCUGGCUCAACACCGGCAAGCCCCCUGCGCGCAAGGACGACCCCCUGCACGACCCCACCAAGGACAAGACCAACCUGAUCGUCUACAUCAUCUGCGGGGUGGUGGCUAUCAUGGUGCUGGUGGGCAUCUUCACCAAACUGGGGCUGGAGAAGGCGCACCGGCCCCAGAGGGAGCACAUGUCCAGGGCCCUAGCAGAUGUCAUGAGACCACAGGGGCACUGCAACACUGACCACAUGGAGAGAGACCUUAACAUUGUUGUCCACGUCCAACACUACGAGAACAUGGAUACGAGAACCCCCAUAAAUAAUCUGCACACCACGCAGAUGAACAACGCCGUGCCCACCUCCCCUCUGCUCCAGCAGAUGGGCCACCCGCAUUCGUACCCCAACCUGGGACAGAUCUCCAAUCCCUACGAGCAGCAGCCACCAGGCAAAGAGCUCAACAAGUACGCCUCCUUAAAGGCAGUCGAGGCUCCUGGACCCUACCCUGAGAAGCGUUGCAUGAAGCCACGUUGCCUGAUCGCCCUACAUCUGCGGGCUCAUCCUGAGGACCUUGAACUGCAGAACAAAACAGAACGAAGCCUUGGACAAAUAGAGUUUCUGUUCUUAAGAUGUGGGAUUAGAAAAAGGAAGACCCAGUUCUGCUCAACAGACAUCAGAUGAAGACAGUAAGUGUGUAUUUUAGUUUGUUUUUGCAUUGUUAUGCUGGUGGAGAAUUCUUAAGAUAUGUUACUUAUUGUAUCAAAGCACUUGUGCACACAUAAAGGUUAUCACUCAGCUUUAUAAGCAAAAGCCAGAGUCCUCUUCCUGCCUCUCCUCAACCCUGCUGUAUUGGGUCCAUCUCCAAAGGCAAGGACUUUCAAUGGUUAGCUCUUCCUUCUAGAAAGUUAGCUCUGUGUUACCUCUUCUUAAUUACUCUUUCCAAGAUACUAUUUAUUGAUUUCCUUCCUUGGGAAGGUAGAGAUUCAGUUACUUUAUAUGAAGAAAUGAGCUGCUUCCCCAAUCUUGGAUUAAGAUAAGGUCUCUGUAGUUCUUAGAGCAUGCAGUGCUUCUCUGGAACCCUGCACAGAUGGUUCCCACCUUGAGGCUUGUCCAGGCUGGACAGAGAUAGGUUUCAUAGUGAUAAUACUAGCAGGUUCAAAGAAACAGGCAGCCAACCCACAGGCACUGGCUGUUGCUCUAUUUCCCAACUGAAAUUGCUCACGGAGGUCCAGUCUUGAAAUUGCAAGUGGAGAAAAAUCUUGCAAGAAGGAAAAUUCUGGUUUGAUGUCCAAGGGAAACUCUGGAGACGCAGCUCAGGGUAGGAACUGAGUUGGUGGUGGUGAGUGGAACAAAGAGGAAGAAGUGACAUUUGCAGGGGCCCUGACACAGCUCAAGGAGAGGAGUACGAGAAAUGGCCUCUCCCAGGAGCAAGACCUUAAUAUACAAUAAUAAGUCACGGGCAAGGAGAGGGAUUAUGCAGCAGGAACUGCUGGGCCAGUGUUGGUUGGCAAUUUGGCAAAAACUCAGGUUGAUUCCCACAUCAGAUUCAAUACUGAGCAAAGAAAAAAUAAAAUUCCAGUGUGCAGCACUUAACAUUCUUCAUAAAAACAAACAUCAGAACAAAAUAAAAUGGAACACUGGUCAAGUUGUUGAAACAGAGGACUUUGGUUAGUUAACAUCACAAAAUAAGAUUGAUGUGUUUAAUUGUAUUUUUUUAAAGGGGGAUUUGGCUUAAAAACUGUUGAAGGGAAGCAAAAUGGGACAAUAUUCUAAGCAAAGAUGACAAACCAGAGCUUGGUAUUUUUAACAUAAAGAGCUUAUAAAAUCAUUAUGAAAAUCACUAAGAUCCUGAAAGCUAAAAUAGAUGGAAAAAUAAAAAUCAUAAAGAGGAAACAAAAUGGCUUUUCAAACAUAUGGGAAAGUGUUCAACCUUACUAGUAAUCAAAGAAAUGCAAAUGGAAAUGGCAACACUAUUUCCAGCUAGCAAAUGUGUAACAUUUCCAGAAAAUGAGAACACUCAAACUGGUUGGGGUGGGGAUGGGUGUGGUAAAAUUGAUACUCACAUGUGUAGUUGGAGGCAAUGUGAGUUUUUGUGUAGCCCUUUUGGAAAGCGAUUUGGCAACGUAUAUCAAGAGCCUUAAAAAUAGCCAUGCUUCUUAAUUCAACAAUUCUACCUCCAAGGCUGCAAUCCUAAAUACAGCCAAAGUUUUUUUUUUUUUUGUAUUAAAAACUUCAUUGUAGUGUCAUUGAAAGUGGUGAAAAGAGAAAUAUAAUCUAAAUGUAUAACCAGAAGAGGAAGUGGGUAAGUAUAUGAUAUGAUCCACUUGCUGGAUGAUGACAAGCCAUUACUGAUGAGUCACACCAACCUGGGUUUGUUCUCUGCUCUGUGUGUUGUGCGUUCCAGGGAAUGCUGCUUGCGUGUCUGAAAAACUGAACUAAUGGCACCCUGCAAGAUGGUUGUGAGAACUGGGCAUGGUAUUUGGUUCAUUACCGAAGGGCUUCUUUUCUUACUUCUCAAGUCUUUCUUGAUUUAGUUCCUGGCACUCGUCUGUUGAGAUAAACGUUCCUGAGACUCUAAGGAUUCUUGUGGUCAAAGGAUUCCUCCCUAAAAGAAUUUGCAGAGAGCAAAUAAUCUGAAGGACUUGAGGCUCAGGGUAGGACAGCUGAGUGCAGCUGCUGCACAAAUCCAUGGGAAGAGCUGGGAUUACAGGACCCAUUCACCCGCCCCCGCACCCAUCCUGCACUUUCUCUCCUGAAGCACUCCAAUCCAAAGACCGGAAUUCCAUGGGUGUUUUUGUGUUGGACACUGAAAGCUACAGUUGGUCCAGGGAGCUGUGUGGGAUACUAAAAUGAAUUAGCCCUGCCUUCUACCCAAUGAAAGAUUCUCUCCUAGAGAAACUCAGUGCCACGGAACAUUCUUGGCAGCACCUGCUGUUCUUCACGUAUAGGAAAAAAUGAAAGUGCUUCCCUCUGUUGUGUCCCUGGCCUUGUUUUGAUCCUCAUUGUCAACAUGGGUACCAUUCCUUGUGAUACAUCUUUUCUAUUGAACUCAUAUGACUCCUUAUCAAUCUUGCAGAUCUUUUCAUUAAGAAAGCAUCGACAUGUAACUGGAAUAGCCAUUGUUGGAGAAAAUAACCGUCACUAAUUUUGACACAUUCAGCAGGUAUCUGCUGAGUACUCAUAACGUGCCCAACUGGCUGCAGGAUGCGGGUUGUAGCUGCGUGUAUCUUACUGUUAUAAGCAAAGCUUUUAUGUACCUGUAAUAAGCAAGUUUAGAGGUUAAUAUGAAGUCCCCAUUCUCAAUAACAAGCGAUGGACAAAUUGUGAAGAGAUCCAGUUCAAACUACACCAUGGUGUUAGGGGAUCUCCAUACCCACAAAAUACCAUGAUGUAGAGAACAUAGGUGGGCCCAUUAGGAAGGGGAAUCAGAGGUUUUCAGGAGGUGGUGAGUUUGAGCUAAUCCUUGAGAGAGGAAAGUGUUGUGUGUGUUUGAAAGCAAAGCAUGGCAUGGCUUCUACAACAGAUUUGCAUCUUUUUUUUUAUAUACAGGCAGAGUGGACAGUGAGAGAGAGAGAGACAGAGAGAAAGGUUGUCCUUUGCUGUUGGUUCACCCUCCAAUGGCCGCCACGGCCGGCGCAUCGCACUGAUCCAAUGACAGGAGCCAGGUGCUUCUCCUGGUCUCCCAUGGGGUGCAGGGCCCAAGUACAUGGGCCAUCCUCCACUGCACUCCCUGGCCACAGCAGAGAGCUGGCCUGGAAGAGGGGCAACCAGGACAGAAUCCGGCGCCCAACCAGGACUAGAACCCGGUGUGCUGGCACCGCAAGGCGGAGGAUUAGCCUAGUGAGCCACGGCGCCAGCUGAGAUUCGCAUCUUUUGAGGUGGUGUAGCACGGCUUUGAAGGCAGAGAGCUGGGAUUAAAUCACAGCUCAGUUAACAGCUGUGUACCUCAGAAGUGCCACUCAAUUUCUGUGUUUUACUUUCCACCUGUGUAAAAUGGGCAAAGCAGUACCCUCUGGGGCAGAUACAGGGAGGAAUCCAGUGAUGCUGAGACUCCUGUUGGUCAUAAACAGAAAGUGUUUCUCCUAAGAUGGGGCUGUUUACGCUUCCUCUACUCCCUGCCUUCCUCUGCUCUGUUGCUUUUCUUAAUAGUGAGCCUCUGCGAAGAAUGUUCUUCUGUCACUCAUUUCCUGUGUGGUCUUGGAAAAGUCACUUCCUCUCCCUGUACCUCAUGUUUCUUGUCUAUAAAAUGAGUGAGGUAAGCAAAACUGGCCUCUUUCAGCGAUAAUGUUCUGUGAGUGUGGUGGGCAGAAUAUGCCAAGAUCCUGGAGGGAAACAUUGGAAUAAUGUGGAUAACGAAAAGAAAAAUGAGCUGCAAUAAACAUUAAGGUGCAGACAGCUUUUUUGUUUGCCAAUUUAAUUUCCUUUGGGUAAAUUCCAAGGAGUGGGAGGGCUGGGUUUUAUGGUAGGGUUAUAUUGCAGCUCAAUUCACAAUAGCUAAGACCUGGAAUCAACCCAAAUGCCCAGCAACAGUAGACUGGAUAAAGAAAUUAUGGGACAUGUACUCUAUAGAAUACUAUACAGCAGUCAAAAACAAUGAAAUCCAGUCAUUUGCAACAAAAUGGAGGAAUCUGGAACACAUCAUGCUGAGCAAAAUGAGCCAGUCCCAAAGGGACAAAUAUCAUAUGUUCUCCCUGAUCGGUGACAACUAACCAACCACUAAAAAGGAAACCUGUUGAAGUGAAAGGGACACUAUGAGAAACAGUGACUUGAUCAGCCCUUGUCCUGACUGUUGAUGUACAAUUUAAUACUUUAUUCCUUUUAUUAUUUUUUUGUUCUAGUUAAUACUAUUGGUUGAACUCUGUAAUUAACACACAAUUAUUCUUAAGUGUUGAAAUUUAACUAAAAAGUGAUCCCUGUUAAAUAUUAGAGUGGGAAUAAGAGAGGGAGGAGAUGUUCAGUUUGGGACAUGCUCAAUCGGACUUGCCCCAAAUGGUGGAGUUAGAAACAUGCCAGGGGAUUCCAAUACAAUCCCAUCAAGAUUGCAUGUACCAAUGCCAUCUCACUAGUCCAAGUGAUCAAUUUCUGUUCACAAUUGAUCACACUGAUAGGACUAAGAGUCAAAGGGAUCACACAAACAAGACUAGUUUCUGCAAAUACUAACUGAUAGAAUAAAAAAGGGAGAGAACGAUCCAACAUGGGAAGUGGGAUACACAGCAGACUCAUAGAAUGGCAGAUUCCUAAACAGAACUCUGGCCUCAGAAUCAGCCCUUAAGGCAUUCGGAUCUGGCUGAAGAGCCCAUGAGAGUAUUUUAGGCAUGGAAAGCCAAGACACUCUGGCCAAAAAAACAAAACAAAACAAAACAAAAAACA